GAUCGGUUAACAACUUUGUGAUGAAAACAAAGAUGGCGCUUUCGCAAUAGAUUUGACGAUCGUAAAAAUAAAUCAAGAUUACUGACUGCUUUAAAUUUCUGGAGUGUUUUUAAUCGCCAACCAUGUCUUACUGGUUCCACAGAAACCCCCUCAAGGCCACAGCAAACAUGACGUUUGAAUUAGCAGGGGUAUCAACUGACGACAAAAGUAGACAAAUAUUCGCCCAGAUGCGACAAACCAGAAAUAAGCUACUUGAGCUAUUAACAGAUCCAAACCAUGAUACACAGACGAUGCAGAAGGCUGUCAGUGAUUAUUUCUCAUUGCUUUUGGGUCUAAUACAACCGUUUGAGGAGAAUGAAAGUGAAAACAAACUUAGGAGGGCCAUAAAAUACAGAUGGACAAACAGUUUACUUGGAAAUGCUGUCAAAGAGCAACAGGAUUCUGUUUAUGAAGCUGCAAGUAUGGCAAUUAAUGUGGGAUUGUGGUACACGAAGCAUGCCGCGAAGUUAGCAGCUAAGGAAGAACCAGAUAUGGAAGAGGCAAAAGAAGUUCACAAAUGCUUAAAGAUUGCAGCAGGGGUAUUUACUUAUGUCAAGGAUGAUCUGAUUGGACGCCUGUCUGACAACACAGAGAAUGCAAUCGACACAGACAGUCGUAUUCUCGAUGCCUACAUUGGACAAUGUACUGGAGAGGCUCAGGAAGUGACAUUGGCCCGAGCUGUUGAAAUGAAACAUUCUGCCAGCUUGAUAGCAGCUCUAUCUCAUGAGACAUCUCAGCUGUAUCAGAGAGCAGAUGAUGCACUUCAGAGUCUAGAUAUCAAAGUGGUUGGAAAGUGGAGGAAAUACUUCCAGUUGAAGUGUGAAUUUUACAAAGCUUACGCUUACUGCUACCAAGGAGAGAAUUUACUGGCUCAGGAUAAAUGUGGAGAGGCUGUCCGAGGACUUCAAGAAGGGGUCAAAUGUUAUGAAAAGUCUGAGGCACUGUGCAGGGAAUAUGCCAGUACCAAAGGUCUGGGGACAUUUGCCAGGCCUGCAAAUCACCUGUUCUUCAGGAAAUUGGGACCAGUUUUAAAAAGAACAUUGGAAAAAUGUGAAAGAGAGAAUGGAAUGAUUUACCACCAGAAAGUGGCAUAUGAUCCACCUAUUCUAGAACUCAAAGCAACCUACGGAUUAGCGGCCCCAGAGCCCUUUACAGCACCAGCACUUAAUCCUCUCUGGAGCAAAGAGGUUUACACAAAGAUGAAUUCUAAAAUGGCACCAAAGCCAGAAAAUGACAAGGAAAAGAAGGAUAAGCCCACAGAACUGCCCCCCGUUAAAGAAAAGGAGACACCCAUGUCCGAGAAGGAUCCAGGGAACUUCAGUGGCUGUGUUCUAUCUUAGGACGUACUGUACAUAAUAUGGCGAAAUAUCCUGUAUUCAGUUGUCUAAUGAAAUAUGUUUUUGAUCAAAUAUUCAUUAUUUAAUACGUAGAUUAAGAAAUAUAAAUGGUAAAUUCAUUUGGAAAGUCGGUUUCGGUUUGGUCUGAUGAGUUCUGAUUUUCAACUUGUGCAUGGAGGAGUUUUAUGAACAAAUAUAUUCUGUAGAUGUUUUUUUUUUCUGCAAACUUCUCAUAAAAGAAUAAGUUUUUAUUCUGCGGAGGUAGAUUGGUAUGCGCACUGGUAGUGACUGAAUAAUAUGUAAAAAGUAUGUGAUGAUGCAGCUACCAUUAUUGUACUGUACAGUGUAUGUAAGCUGUUUUCUUUGUUUUCCAGGAUUGCAAGUCUUUCAUUGUUUCAUAUAUAGUCAUUAAUAUAUCUCGUAUGACCCAUGUAAUUACAAUCAUAUCAUCUUGUACAUACUUGUAUGCAAACGGCAAUUAAAUCUUACCAUUGUUAUAGGUAGUUGGACACCAUUAGACUCAGCACAAUGUAUUCAGACAUGACAUAUCUGUUGUCAAGAACUAGAGCACACAUGUUGUGUGGAUUUUAAUGUACUGCUACAUGUAUUCCAUGUUAAAUACACUUUUAUGUGAAAACAUUCAUCUUUAGAUUUUGCCAUGAUGUUUGUUGCUGAUUUGUAUUGUUGCCAUAUUUGGACAUAAUUGUAAAAUGUACAAGAUGAAUGUUGUAUAAAUUAUGUUUUGAGAUAGGAACUGUUCAUUAAUUUCAUUUCUAUUAAUAUUGCCUGCAGUCAGAAAUAUUUCUACAUUUAUGAAAUGUAUUUUUGUUAUUGUCUGAUAGUUUUUUGCACCGUAAAAGAGAAUAAAACUGUAUCUGAAAAAUACAUGUAACAAACCCCAAAUUUAGAUGAUUAUUUACACAAAAUCUAUAUGAAAUAAUGUUUUUGUUAGUGAAUUUAUUUUAUAAAAUUCUUAUCAACAAUAACAAGACACUCCUACCAUAUAUUUGGAGUUUUAAAACCCUUUGUCUAUUUGGUUUAUUAUUUAUAGUUUGAAUAAACUGCAUGGUAGAAGUA